CUGACUCCCUUCAGUGCUGCUGAUCUCAGUGCAGUCCGAGACGAGUCAAAGAUCCGCGAGUAACGGAGCAGCAGGAGCCCAUAAUGUCGAAGUUUUGCGUCUAUACACUGCUCAUAUUACUGCUGUUAGCGAUAAUGGGAGCUGUACCAUCAGCAGGAAUACAGCAAAAAAUCCGACAGAAGCGAGAAUGGAUCAUUCCACCCCGAAAACUGACGGAAAAUGUGAAUUAUAUGCAUUUGGAUUACAUUGCUAAAAUCCGAUCAGAUGAAGAGACCAGGACGAGUAUAAGGUAUUCUCUGACGGGACCAGGUGCUGAUCAGCCCCCAUUCAACUUAUUCACGGUUGGAAGUCAGAACGGUUUGGUCAAGAUUCAUGGAGUGUUAGACCGAGAGGAAAGGGCCUUUUAUCACCUUCGAGGAGUGGCCAAGUUUCUGAAUGGCAGUAAUGCUGAGAAAGAUAUCGACUUGAGGAUUGUGGUACUGGAUCAGAAUGACUGUGCUCCUGUAUUUAACAGCCAGAUGAGUGGAUCUGUUCCUGAAUUGAGCUCAAGAGACACAUAUGUAAUGAGUAUCACAGCAACAGAUGCAGAUGAAGAAGGAACGUUGCAUUCAAAAAUCACCUACAGUAUCGUUGAACAGAGUCACCCUAACAUGUUUAAAAUUAAUCAAGAGACCGGGGCCAUAUAUGUCCAACUCCCAACACUUGACAGAGAGAUACAGGACACGUACACGUUGACUGUUAAAGGGACGGAUAUGAAUGGAGCUACAGAUGGAAAAACGGGAACAGGGAAAGUUGUUAUUCAUAUUCUUGACGUGAAUGACAACAUUCCCACUCUGGAGAAAAACUUUUUUGAGUGCAGUGUGGAAGAAAACAGAAAGAAUGUGGAAGUUGUGAGAAUUCAAGCGAUCGAUGCUGAUCUCAUUCAUACCGACAACUGGCUGGCUGUCUUCAGCAUUGUGUCAGGAAAUGAAGCCGGUUAUUUCUAUUUUACCACUGACAUCAACACAAAUGAAGGCAUUCUGAUGCUCAAUAAGGAGCUGGACUAUGAAGAGCUAAAGGAAAUCAGCCUACAGGUGUCUGUCUCCAACAAGGCAGCGUACCACUCGUCAGUGGUCAUAACACAGAGCAAGACGUACCGCAUUAAAGUCAGUGUAGUAAACCAGGCUGAAGGGCCACGCUUCAAACCCACCGUCAAAGUCAUCACAUUGUCUGAAGACAUCACCUCUAUUGACUUCAGGAAAGUCAUAACCAGCUAUGCAGCCAUUGACAGUGACACGCUCUUAAUUGCUAAAAACGUGAGAUAUGAGAAGAGACAAGACAUAGACAACUGGCUGCUCAUCGAUGAAAAGACGGCUGAUAUAAGACUUAAUAAAAUGCCAGAUUAUGAGUCCAAGUUUUUGAUCAAUGGCACAUAUUAUGCCCAGAUAAUCUGCAUCACCAAUGAUCACCCAGCUAAAACGGCUACAGGUACGAUUGCCAUUCAGGUGGAAGAUUUUAAUGACAACUGCCCCGUCCUGAGCAGCUCUUCUCGAACACUUUGCUAUGGAGAUCAAGUAGUUCAUGUCACUGCUGUGGACAGAGAUCAUUACCCCAAUGCAGAACCAUUCGAUUUUACAGUGGAAGCGCUGGAGUCAUGGAGUGUCGAGCGUCUCAACGACACUACAUCGAUAUUCAGAUCUCAUGCAACACUCUGGCCCGGCGUCUAUCGUCUGUUUGUGAAGGUGCGGGACCAGCAGGGGAAGUUCUGUGCCCAUCAAGCGCUUCAGAUAGACGUCUGUGCAUGUGACACAUCUAAAGUUUGUCUGCCGAGAAAACGUGAGGUUAGAUUUGGAGCAGCUGGUGUUCUUCUCAUGCUGCUGGGACUGCUGCUCCUGCUGUUGUUUCCUCUUCUGCUGCUCUUCUGCAUCUGCAGUGGUGUUGGACAUGCAGCUGACUUCAAGAGCAUCCCGUUUGAUACUAAAGAGCAUCUUAUUGUAUACAACACUGAAGGACAGGGAGAUGAUAAGGAAAUGGAUCUUUUACAAAUAUCAAAACACAUGGAGAAAGAGAAAGUGAGUAAUGUGGGAGCAGUAAGUGGAGGUCAGACGAUGAUUGAUGGUGUGGAUGGUGCAGUAGUGGACUGGUCCUCUUUCCACCAAUAUGACCUGCAUGGGAAUGCCUAUCAUCACCACACACAUCAGUUCGACAGGAAUCUAAUGUAUGCUCAAAAUACAGAUGAACAGAUAUACACCAGGUUCAAAGGGCACAAUGCCUAUGAAGAUCUUGCCGUGUCUGAUGCUUUCUUAGCCAACUACUAUUCUCAUAAGGCAAGAAGUGUGGCUGAGGAGCACAAUACAGGAGAUUGUCUGCAGGUCUACAACUACGAGGGUCAAGAAUCUUGGAUGGGCUCGUUUGAAGACAUCUGCAGUCUUACGUAUGAAGAAGACAACCUUGCCUUUCUUGAUGAACUUGACCUGAAGUUUAAGACUCUAGCUGAGAUUUGCUCAGGCUACACAAUGGAGACUGAUGUUAGCGUGACCAUCCCUGUGGCCCACAAAACAGUGCCGUCUGUCAAACACUUAGAGAAAGUUAGUCUUGUACACUCACAGGACACAGAAAGCACCUCCUUCAUCCAGGCUACAGGUGUAGAGCAGGUCAGCAGCAUGCCUUUUACAGGAGCAUUCAUCCAUGAGAAAGUGGUGUCUCCAAACCCAACCCUGUUAAUCCAACAGCCUGCACUUUACUACACCCACACUAACCCAGUUUAUGUUGUGGAUACCCAUCCAACAUUGCUGGUAACAGCCGGCCCGGCCCGGGCCGAACAAGAGAACCUGCUGCUAGUGGAAAAGAAGAACUUUGACCGGGCCCAGCGUGGUCAAACAGUCAGAUGUGAAGUGCAGCAGUACCAGGGUGUAGUCCUCGUCGAGAACCAGGAAAGGGAAAGAGGGAGCUUGCCGGCACAGGGUCGUGUCUCUGGAGCGGUUCAGAUGGUUGAGGCUGAAAUGAUACGGUCCACAGAGACCCAUGGUGUAAGACAGGUGCUUCACCCGACUAGCAGGGUAAUGUCACACAAAAGAGAAAGUCCUUGAAGGAAGUUUAUGAUGAGUUUUGGGCUUCCCUUACAGUCUGAACAAACACUGCACAAUAGUUCUAAUGGCAUAAGAAAGAAAAGUCUCUGUCUGAGUAUCUUACACAGCUACUGGCCUAGAAUUACACAAAUCAAAUGCAAUACAUGACGUCUAUGGUUGUAGGUCAUUGUUGAGUUUUUUUAUUAGGUUGUUGAAUCUGCUGUAUAAAUAAAUGUAAAUGCCGUAUUUUCUAUCAUCACUUUACUAAAGGCUGUAAUGAUCCUCUUUCUGUACAUUAAAGGGAUAGUUCGGCCAAAAAUGAUAUUAAACCCAUGAUUUACU